AUGAUUAUCACACAAACAGUCGGACAAGAUAUACGAUCAGAGGAAAUGUUUGUAAUACCUGAUUCUAAAUUUCAAUGUGCAAAUACAACUUGUUUACCAUUCAUUAGCGUUAUUACAACAGACAUUAGGAAUUGUCAAUUUGCCUGUUUAGGCCAAAGUCAAUGUACAGCAGCAACUUUUCAUCGAUCAACUUCAAAUUGUGAAUUAUUUGAUAAUAUGUUAAACCAAAAUGGAAAUAUGUUGGCUGAUGUGGAUGCUACUAGUAUGAAUGUUAUUAGUGAAACACGAUUUCCACCAGAACUGACUACGACAACGUCAACAACAUCAUCAACAACAACAACAACAACAACAACAACAGUAAUACCAGCGUGGUCAAACACUGGGGGCAUGAAUAGUGCACGAAAAUUUCAUACAGUAUCGGUAUUAUCAAAUGGGACAGUGUUAGUUAGUGGUGGUUACAAUACUGUUAGUGGUUUUUUCAAUAGUGCGGAGUUGUAUGAUCCAUCAACAGGAGUUUGGAGAUCUACUGGUAGCAUGAAUAGCACACGAGCAUAUCAUAAAGCAUCGGUAUUAUCAAAUGGGACAGUGUUAGUUAGUGGUGGUGAUAAUGGUGGUGGAGCUGUAAAUAGUGCGGAGUUGUAUGGCCCAUCAACAGGAGUUUGGAGGUCUACUGGUAGCAUGAAUAAUGCACGAUCUUGGUACACAGCAUCGAUAUUAUCAAAUGGGACAGUGUUAGUUAGUGGUGGUCAGAAUAAUGGUGGCUAUUUAAAUAGUACGGAGUUGUAUGAUCCAUCAACAGGAGUUUGGAGGU